AUGAAAACCGUCGACGACACCGCGCGCGACCUCGGCUGCGUGGACCCCCACGAAGAAGACUUCCUCGAGCGCCAGCGACAGGAGCGGGAACGCGAGCUGCAGCUGCCACUGCCCGCCCCCCAGCAGCAGCAGCAGCAGCAGCAGCAGCAGCAGCAUACCCCCUCCGAUCCAGCCUCUAUCACCUCAACCACAUCCACAUCCACAUCCUCCUCCUCCUCCUCCUCAAGAAUCCUCCCGCCCCCCGAGAAACUCAGCGAGGUGGCCAGCACCUCGAUCCAGGAGGUGCGGACGAUGCUGAAUGCCGCGUACGAGAGCGAGCUCGUGAGUCAAGCGAUGCAGCGGGUGCGGGGGUACGUGCCUGGUCUAGCUGGGACUGGGGACGAGGGGGAUGGCGAGGAGGACCGAUGCGCCGCCGACCCCGAGGAGAUGCGCCGGAUCGACGCGCUGGAGAAGGAACGGAUUGUGGAGUUCUUGCAGGAGCGGACGCGGACGAAGACGGAUCUGGAGAAGAAGUAUCAUCAGACGGAGCGGCCGCCGCCGAGGCAGUGA